GCCCAAGAAUUUUUUGAUCUCGACUCACCAAAAAUUUACAACAAAGUUAUAAUCUUCUUUUUUCAAAGGCCAAUCGCAAGUUGCCUAUUUGCCUCGCAUUCCUUUGGAAUCGGCCUUAAUUGUUGGAAGACCCUCCUUAUCAAUUGACAUUAUUUCAAUUGUAGGAGAGAGUCUGCUGGUCUACCAACAACUCCGGCCCCUCGUCGAAGCUCACCAUGGCUUUACAUGCUCUCCUUCGAGCCAGAGCUCCGGUAGCUCUGACUCGGGGUGCCCUCGCACCGUCAAGACAAUAUGCUCGCCUUUUGAGCACGACGCCUUGUCGCCGUUCCAAUGAUUCCGAUCUCAACAAAGUCUCCCGCUUCAUCACACAACCUAAGGCGCAGGGUGCGUCGCAAGCUAUGUUAUAUGCGACGGGCCUCGCCGAAGAGGACCUCUCAAAACCUCAGGUCGGUAUCUCGUCUGUGUGGUACGAGGGUAAUCCGUGUAAUAUGCAUUUGAUGGAUCUGUCGGCUGUGGUUAAAGAGUCCGUUGCACGCGCCGGGCUUAUUCCUUACCGGUUUAACACAAUCGGUGUCUCUGAUGGUAUAUCCAUGGGUACAACCGGCAUGCGCUACUCUCUACAAAGUAGAGAAAUCAUUGCCGACAGUAUUGAGACUGUUAUGCAGGGCCAAUGGUACGAUGCAAACGUUUCGUUACCCGGAUGCGACAAGAAUAUGCCCGGUGUCCUAAUAGCUAUGGGCCGAGUGAACCGACCCAGCAUCAUGGUCUACGGUGGAACUAUCAAGCCUGGUUGCAGUAAGUCUGGUGCGCCAAUUGAUAUUGUCAGCGCUUUCCAGGCGUACGGACAAUACAUUUCGGGCGACAUCACGGAAGAGCAGCGAUUCGAUAUUAUCCGACAUGCAUGCCCCGGAAAAGGUGCAUGUGGUGGCAUGUACACGGCAAACACAAUGGCUACCGCUAUCGAGACAUUAGGAAUGACUUUAACAGGUAGCAGUAGCAGUCCUGCUGAUGACCCUAGCAAAAUCAAAGAAUGUGAGCAAGUUGGCGAAGCAAUCAAGCACGCCAUGAAGGAGGAUAUACGCCCGCGGGAUGUCAUGACGAGAGAAGCAUUCGAAGAGGCUAUGAUCGUGGUAAACAUCCUCGGAGGUAGCACAAACGCCGUCAUGCAUUUGAUCGCCAUUGCGGACUCCGUGGGCAUAAAGCUCACAGUGGACGACUUCCAAGCUGUCUCGGACAGGACACCCUUCCUUGCCGACCUAAAACCGUCUGGUAAGUUCGUAAUGGAAGACUUGCACAAGAUCGGCGGUACCCCCGCCCUACUCAAGUUCCUCAUCGGCGAGGGUGUCCUUAAGGGUAACAGUGUCACUGUAACGGGCAAGACGCUGAAGCAGAACGUCGAGUCCUGGCCGUCUUUCCCCAAGGACCAGCAGGUCAUCCGACCAUUCUCCAACCCCAUCAAGCCCACAGGCCACAUCCAAAUCCUACGCGGCCAACUCGCUCCGGGCGGCUCUGUCGGCAAGAUUACGGGUAAGGAGGGUCUUGUUUUCACCGGCAAAGCCAAAUGCUACGACCAAGAAGACGAUUUCAUCCAGGCCCUUGAGCGUGGAGAGCUGAAGAAGGGCGAGAAGACGGUAGUCAUCAUCCGGUACGAGGGACCCAAGGGUGGACCUGGUAUGCCUGAGAUGUUGAAGCCAUCGUCGGCUAUUAUGGGCUACGGUCUUGGCAACGACGUGGCGCUAUUGACAGACGGUCGAUUCUCCGGAGGUAGCCACGGUUUCCUAAUUGGCCACAUUACACCCGAGGCGCGCGAAGGUGGACCGAUUGGACUGGUGAAGGACGGUGAUACCAUCACGAUAGAUGCCGAGAAGCGCGUCAUCGAUACCGACGUCAGCGACGCGGAGAUGGCAGAGAGGAAGAAGUCAUGGAGCCCCCCGCCGCCGCGAUACUCCCAGGGCACAUUAACCAAGUAUGCUGCUCUUGUCAGCGAUGCUAGCCACGGAUGUGUCACUACAGGACACUAAGGUUCUGUUAAGCGUAUAUAAAAUGAUAUUUGGGGUUGAAUGCUAAAAAAGCAAGUGGGAUGGAUGUCUUGUAUCUAUUGGUCUUAGGCUAUGUUAUGCGGCGAUCUGGUUUCUGGUCCGGAAAAUAGGCGCAUCGGACUCCGGCCGUUGUCUUAUGGGCGGCAAUUAAGAAGAAAAAAAUCGAACAAAGUUCAAACUUCCCGGAAGCUUGUUUAAGCAUUUAGAAGCGUAAAUCUAAAAUAACCUACCUGUUACAGCUAAAAUUCACAUGAGUUCCCUGUCGUAGAGUUAAGGUUGAAGCCGGCAGGGUUCGAGAUGAGUGAUAGAUACACCU